UGAUGAUAAAACUAUUGGUUAUUUAUUUUGCUAUAGCAAUUAACAUCACUUUUGCUCAACAUCUGGAUCAGUACCGUAUAAAAAGCGUAAAUACUGGAACUUUUCUACAAGCACCUGGCGCGCGUGGUGAAUCAUUAACAUUGGGAGACGCUUGGGGUAAAUGGACAAUUGAUCCUGCACCUCAACCUGGCAUUGCUACAGUUUCUACAAUUUAUGAUUCAGCAGCAGACCUUUAUGCUGGUUUAGAAGAUCCAAUAACACCCGGUUCAAAGAUAACUGCUGUUUCAGAAUCUUAUAAUUUCCAGAUAGCUGAACUAAGUCCAGGGAAUUAUGUUAUAUACCCACCAGAUCAAGACUUUUAUUGGUUUUCUAAUGCCUCUAUUAAACCUUCUAUCGAAGUCGAACAUGCAAGUGGCGUCAGCGGUAACGCUAUCUAUUUUAAUUUUGAGCCUGCUUUAGAAUAAUGGUUUUUAAUAAACGCUUUGGAACUCUUCUAGA